UGCCUGACAUCACGCGCAUGCGCUUUGAGGCUCCCACUUCGUCAUGGCUGACACGGGCUGGCCAGGCUGUGCAAAGAGUUUGAAAGGUGUUGUGUUGGACAUGUGCGGCGUGUUAUAUGACAGCGGGGAGGGCGACGGGGUUGCCAUUCCCGGUUCCAUUGAAGCUGUGAAAAAGCUCAAGGCAUCUGACCUGCAACUGCGCUUCUGCACCAAUGAGACCCAGGCCACUAGAGAGAAGUUUGUCGCCAAGCUCCAAAGACUGGGCUUUGAUAUCUCUGUGUCUGAGGUCUUCUCUCCUGCUCCUGCAGCAUUAGCAGUCCUCAAGGAGAGGGGUUUACGGCCUCACCUGCUGGUGUAUGAUGGAGUUCUCCCCGAGUUUGACAGUGUUGACAAGACCAACCCAAACUGUGUGGUCAUUGGAGAUGCAGCUGAAAAUUUCUCCUAUCAGAACCUGAAUGAGGCAUUCAGGGUACUUAUAGGCCUGGAGAAGCCAGUGCUGUUCUCUCUGGGCCAAGGGAGAUAUUACAAGGAGACAGAUGGUUUGAAACUUGAUGUUGGGGUUUACAUGAAGGCUCUGGAGUAUGCCUGUGAUUUACAGGCUGAAGUCAUUGGAAAGCCAUCCCCAAUGUUCUUUCAGAGUGUUCUCAGUGACAUGGGACUUCAACCACAUGAGGCACUGAUGAUCGGAGACGAUCUGGUGAAUGAUGUAGGUGGGGCUCAGCACUGCGGAAUGAAAGGUGUACAAGUCAGGACCGGCAAAUACAGGCCCAGCGAUGAGAGGCACCCAACUGUGACGGCUGACGGCACCGUGGACAACCUGGCCCAGGCCGUGGACGUGAUCCUCAGCCAGAGGGGGCACUGAGCGCAAGACGAUGGAUGCCGGUAAAACUCUCCACUUAACUGAGAUACAGGAUGGUGCCCCGGUAGUAUUGUCAUAGAGCCCUAAGUGCUGUUCCUGAUGGGAAGGGUGUGCUGCAUCAAGGUAUUUCAACAAACAUGUCAAAACAGAACUAAACUAAAACGCCGUCCAAACACUGUAUAUCCUGUAACCGUCACAACUCCUUGUACUGUCAAAUGUGGGAAACACCCACCCAUCUGGUGCUCCACAUAGUGUAUUCUAGAAUGAAAUUUGCACAAGUAUUACCCAGGUCUGCAAGAGAUAGUCUUCAACCCUUCAGAGCUGCAAGGUGCAGUUGUCAGUGCACGACUGGUAUAGAUAAGAUACCUCAAGUUGACAUGAAUGUGCCUGUAACCAGCUGCUGGCAGACAGUUAGAAGGGAAAGUCAUGCUGUCUGUUCAGACUCGUAUUCUUUUUGGAGCUAGUGUGUGUGGAUACAGUUGUAGCUGUAGUUCAUUUUAGUAUAAACAAAUUUAUGUAAGUAGCCUGUUAUAUGACAAUAUUGUUCUCGCUCCUUUAACACAUAACAUGCACAAUCUUAAUAAAGUGGCAGGGAGUAGUCAGUAAUGUGAGCAUUUGGCCUUGACUAUUAUAAAUAAAGCUAUUUUACUGGUCUGUGAGCUGUUAAAAA